GGCGGUGUACGAGGGCUGCUCCUCCCUCCCCACAACAACAGCCGUCACUGCCACUUGUCGUCGCCUCUCAACCAACACCAACAACAUCGCUAAAUGAACUCUUCCCUCACAUGUAUCCUCCGCCAGUCACUACCCAGCUUAUCUGUACACCAAUGGAACUACCAUAGUACAUUACUGCAGUACACCGGUGCCAUAGAUCUUGCAGCUCGUCUGUACACCAGAGGAACUACCAUACUACAAUACUGCAGUACACCGGUGCCAUAGGUCUUGCAGCUCGUCUGUACACCAGAGGAACUACCAUACUACAGUACUGCAGUACACAGGUGCCAUAGAUCUUGCAGCUCGUCUGUACGCCAGAGGAACUACCAUACUACAGUACUGCAGUACACCGGUGCCAUAGAUCUUGCAGCUCGUCUGUACACCAGAGGAACUACCAUACUACAGUACUGCAGUACACAGGUGCCAUAGAUCUUGCAGCUUGUCUGUACACCAGAGGAACUACCAUACUACAGUACUGCAGUACACCGGUGCCAUAGAUCUUGCAGCUCGUCUGUACACCAGAGGAACUACCAUACUACAGUACUGCAGUACACCGGUGCCAUAGAUCUUGCAGCUCGUCUGUACACCAGAGGAACUACCAUAAUUCAGUAAUGCCCUGUCAACACAAGUGCCAUAGAUUUCACGUAAGUGGUGGAAAUAUGGUAUUUAGAGUGUGAGCAUUGUCAUAAAGCAGUGUCAGAGAUAUUUAGUCUUCAACAUCCGGCUACAACACAUACCUCAUCAGCAGCCAGUAUAUUCAGUUUUGCUCAUUAAAGUAUUGUGUAUGCCAUCUGAAUAAUUUCAUGUAUCAACAGCAAGUGAACUUAAUUUGUGAACUAAAAUUCAAAGGUAGUAUGAACUAUUCAGAGAUAUUAAGUAUUCUAGAUGUUAAUUAUUGGUUAAGGUUUUUUGGAAUGCAUUAAUUUUGUGGCCAUUGUACUGAAGCAUUAACAUAGUAAACAACUGAAUGUGUGCUGUAUCAUACAUAUGGUUUCUCAUAAUCUAAUACUGUAUAUGGUGUUGUAAAAGAAUUCUUAGUAGGCCAUUUUGCUCCAUCAUAUUUCCCCCGCCUCUGAUUUCUACGUCAUCUUACUGCUCCAUGGUACAUUAAUUGUACUUACUGGUAAUAUUUUCCUAAUCAAAUAUUUUAUAUUUAAAUAUUAUUUUACUGUGUACAUCUGACAUUUUUUAAUUUUGAGAUUUGAUUGAAUGCUCUCAUCUACAUAGUUGCAUACCAUAUAAUUAAUAAAAAAACAUAUCAGUACUUUAAAGAUAUGUCUUUGAUAACUUUGUUAAUUACAUGAAUUGCUUUGACUGCUCAAGUUAACAUUAAAAAGUGCAUUUAAGUAAUCACUUAAAAAAAAAUCUUGGGAUAAUUUAUAAUUCUUACAUCUCUUAUCUGAAGUUCAACUUGAUAUUGUCAAAUAUAAUUUGAACGUGCAUGUAGUAACUGUCAGACAAAAUAUUGUAUAUAUUUAUUGUCAUGAACAUGUUUAUAAUUUAACAGAAGUACAAGCUUCAGUGCACAUGAUAAAAUUUAACAAAUACUUUUAUUCCAGAACAAUUAAGAGCAUUUAAAAAUGAGAAGAAAUGCAUCAUUGUUCAGUAUUCUUAAUUGUUGUAAAGACAUAAAGCAGAAAGUAAACAGACUGUUGUAAAGACAUAAAGCAGAAAGUAAACUGACUAUUGUAAAGACAUAAAGCAGAAAGUAAACAGACUGUUGUAAAGACAUAAAGCAGAAAGUAAACAGACUGUUGUAAAGACAUAAAGCAGAAAGUAAACAGACUGUUGUAAAGACAUAAAGCAGAAAGUAAACUGACUAUUGUAAAGACAUAAAGCAGAAAGUAAACAGACUGUUGUAAAGACAUAAAGCAGAAAGUAAACUGACUAUUGUAAAGACAUAAAGCAGAAAGUAAACAGUCUGUUGUAAAGACAUCAAGCAGAAAGUAAACAUUGUUUUGGAAAUAACAAUCUCAGAUUUGUUUUUUGUUUCCUGAAUUUUUAAUAUUAAAUGCUAGUGUACAGUAACGUAAAUUCAUAUCAAUGUUUAAUGUCUCGAAGAUUUGUCAUUAAAAAUAAUUUUCUUCAUGUAGAAAUACACGAAAGUUCAAUCUGAAGAAAUUAGUUCCAAGAGUCUCGUCUCAUGAACGUGUUUUCUAUUGUCUUGUGGAACUUUAUGCAAGAGGAAGAACUUAGAAUACACAAGGCUAUUCAUAUCAGACACAGUUUUAAGGGCUUGUAAUAAUUAAGUUUAAUGAAAGUAAGCAUUUUGAGCAAAUUCUUAAGAUUAUAUAGGGUAAAAAUUAUUUGUACAAAAAUAAACAGAGUAACAACUACCUAGCAAAAAUUAUGUGUUAACUGAAGGAAGGCAAACCAAAGUUUGUACCUGAAAGUCAGAUCAGUGUUAAAUUUGAGAGAAAAGUGUUUAGUGUUUAAAAGACCUAAAAAUUAUUUUGUUAACUCUGGUACGAGAAACCAUAUCUAUGCUUGGAGUAUUGAAAAGGCUAAAAAAAAACUUAGCUUGGUGGCGUAUGAGAACGCUUACAGGAGAAAAGCCGUAUCAAUGUUCAUUGUGUUUAAAAUACUUAUCAAAAAAGUCUGGUUUGAUUAAACACAUGGGUUCUCACAAAGAAGCAAAUUCAUACAAUUGUUCAGUGUGUUUAAAAGAGUUCUCAGAUAAACCUGAUCUAGUAUCACACAUGAAAACACACACAGGAGAUAAACCAUAUCAGUGUUCAGAAUGUUUAAAAGAAUUUUCACAAAAAUGCGAUUUGGUAAAACACAAGAGAACUCACACAGGAGAAAAGCCUUAUCAGUGUUCAGAUUGUUUGAAAUGCUUUUCACAAAAACAUGGUUUAGUUGCACACAAGCGAAUUCACACUGGAGAAAAACCGUAUCAAUGUUCAGUGUGUUCAAAAGAAUUCUUGGAUAAAGUUGCCCUAGUAUCACACAUGAAAACUCACACUGGAAAGACACCAUUUCAGUGUUCAGUAUGUUUAAAAUACUUUUCACAAAAACAUAGAUUGGUGACUCACAAGAGAAUUCACACAGGAGAAAAACCUUAUGAAUGUUCAGAGUGUUCAAAACAUUUCUCUGAUAAAUCUAAUCUUGCAUCACACAUGAGAUCUCACACAGGAAUCAAACCAUAUCAGUGUUCAGAGUGUUUAAAAAACUUUGCACAAAAAUGUGAUUUGAUUAAACACAAGAGAACUCACACAGGAGAGAAACCUUAUCAGUGUUUAGAGUGUUUAAAAUACUUUUCCCAAAAACAUGGUUUGGCAACUCACAAAAGAACUCACACUGGGGAAAAACCAUAUCAGUGUUCAGAGUGCUCAAAAGAAUUUGCUUAUAAGUCUGCUUUAGUAUCACAUAUGAGAAUUCACACAGGAGAAACACCAUAUCAGUGUUCAGAGUGUUUAAAAUAUUUUUCUCAAAAGCAUGUAUUAAUGACACACAAAAGAAUUCACACAGGAGAGAAACCAUUUCAGUGCACAGAAUGUUUUAAACACUUCAUAGAAAAAUCUGCUCUAGUAUCUCACAUGAGAACUCACACAGGAGAGAAACCACAUCAGUGUUUAGAAUGCUUAAAAGAAUUUUCUCAAAAAUGUGAUUUAAUAAAACACAAGAGAACGCAUACAGGAGAGAAACCAUAUCAGUGUUCAGACUGCUUAAAAUAUUUUUCGCAGAAACAUGGCUUGGUGGCACACAAGAGAACUCACACUGGAGAAAAACCCUAUCGGUGUCCAGAGUGUUUAAAAGACUUCUCGUAUAAAUCAGCUUUAGUGUCUCACAUGCGAACUCAUACGGGAGAGACACCAUACCAAUGUUCAGUAUGUUUAAAAUACUUUUCACAAAACCAUGCUUUGGUGAGACACAAGAGAACUCACACAGGAGAGAAACCAUAUCAGUGUUCAGAGUGUUUAAAGUACUUUUCACAAAAGCAUGGUUUGGUGUCGCACAAGAGAACCCACACUGGAGAGACACCAUAUCAGUGUUCAGAAUGUUCAAAAUACUUUUCUCAUAAACAUGCUUUGGUGUCACACAAGAGAACUCACUCAGGUGAGAUGCCCUAUCAAUGUUCAGAUUGUUUAAAAUACUUUUCACAAAAACAUGCCUUGGUUACACACAAGAGAUCUCACAUAGGAGAGAAAUCAACACCUAAUCCUGUACCCACACCCCCACACCCCCACUCUCCUACAUACCCACACUCUCCUACAUACCCUCACUCUCCUACAUACACACAAUCUCCUACAUACCCACACUCUCCCAGAUACACACAGUCUCCUACAUACCCACACUCACCAGUAUACCCACACUCCCCUACAUAUCCUCAAUCUCCUACAUACCCUCACUCCCCUGCUUAUCCACAGUCUCCUACAUACCCACACUCCCCUACAUACCCACACUCCCCUACAUACCCACACUCCCCUACAUACCCACACUCAGCUGACUCAAAUAGCACGCACCCACAAACACCACCCAUCCAACUACACACAUCUCAUUCCACCCACUUACUCAUGACAUCCUGUCACACAACAUCGACUCUUGCACAGCAUCCACCCACAUCUCCCCACCUCUCCACCCACAAUAUACAACACCCACCAACCCACAACAAUCCAAACACUACUACACACCUGCCUGUUCAUACCAGCAACCACUUGCCUACCCAGAACAGCCCCCACAUGCUCACCCAAAAUAACCCUCACCCACCCACCACCCAGAACAGUACCCACCCACCCACCACUCAAACCAGCCACCUAUCCACCACCCAAAGCAACACCCACCCAUCCACUAGCCUAAGCAACCAGCAUCCGCCCACCACCCAAAGCAACGGCCACCUGUCCACUUCCCAAAUCAACCACCAUCUACACACACAAAAUAACCCUCACCUGCCCGCCCACAGCAAUGCCUAUUUGCCCACCUAUACCUCAAUCCACCCACACCGCACCCACCUGCUUUGGUGACACAGGAGAUUUCACUCAGGAGAAACUACAUAAAUAUAAAACAAAAAUUGUCUCUGCACAAUCAGUCAUUAUUACUCAAUUGAGGUCCUUUAAAAGUAUUUUAUGCCAUGGUUUUUCAUCUUGGUGUUAGUCAUGUUAUAUUAUGCCCUUAAAAUCAUGCUAUUCACAUGGACAAAAUAUCUGCCUACAUGCAGUAAGUUAAGAAGCAGCACAUCUCUAUCAUCUUGGCAGUAACUUUACAGUACUUUGUAAUCUGAGAAUGUAGUAAUUUAAUGCACUGAGUAAAGGAAAAGAGGUGUGUAUAUAUAUAUAUAUAUAUAUAUAUAUAUAUAUAUAUAUAUAUGCAUGAAAUGAUUUAUGACACUGAUCACAUUAAUGCAGAACAACCACAAUGAAAAAUUGGAGAAUGCUAAAGCACGUUCAACCCAACAGAGCCAUCUUCAGUAACAGGGAUGACAAUCCUGUUACUAAAGACGGCUCUGCCAGGCUGAAAGCGCUUUAGCAUUUCUCACCUUUUCAUUGUGGUUGUUCGGCAUAUAUAAUACACUCACAGACAACCACGUGCUUUCCAGACACCUCUUAUCCGGAUGUGUCUGUUAUUUGUUUCGGGUUUGUCUGAGUAAUAAUGUGGGAUAAACUGGUGAGGUGAGGGGAACAGUUUGAAUAAAAAUGUGUGAUAAAGUGGAGUGCGGGAGUAGUACAAGUAUUUCACCAUCUGAGGUACCUCAUUAGGCUAGACAGAAUGUCAAGCUAGACAAACUGUCAGUCUAUACAGGCUAAACAGGCCAUCAGGCUAGACAAGUGUCAGCCUAGACAAACUGUUAGGUUAGACAGGGGUAGACAUACUGCCAGGCUAGACGUGCUGUCACACUUGACAUACUUUCAGGUUAGACAGGUUGGAAGUCUGGACAUGCAGUCAGGUUAGACACGCAGGGGUCAGGUUAGAUUGUCCAUCAGGCCAUUAGGCUAGACAAUUGUCAAGCUAGAUAAACUGGGUCUAGACAGUGUCAUGCUAAACAAACUGGGUCUAGACAGAUUGUCAGGCUAGACAAACAGGGUCUAGACAGAUUGUCAGGCUAGACAGGCUGUCAAGCUAAACACACUGUCAGGCUAGAAAAAGAAUCUGAGACAGAUUGUUUGAGCGACAGUCAGGCUAGACUGUCACACUUGACAGGUUCUCAGGCUUCUAAUAUUGAUGAAAAAUUUUCAGACAGAAAAAUGAGCACAGUAAUCAGAGGCAAGAUUGGAGAAAUGUCAUGAGUGGAGUCCCACAGGGUUGAGUUCUUGUACCAGUAAUGUUCAUUGUCUUCAUAAAUAAUUUACCAAAAGGAAUACAGAAUUAUAUGAACAUGUUUGUUGGUGAUGGUAUUAAAUAUACCAUCACCAGCAAACAUUAAAUAUGUUUAAACAUUAAAUUAAGAGGUAUUAAAUAUGCCAAAACUAGAUGAUAGAAGAAAAAGUGGCGAUAUGAUCACUAUGUACAAAAUUGUAAUGGGAAUCGACAAAAAUGAUAGGGAAGAAUUCAUGAGAUCUAGUACUUCAAGAACAAGAAGUCAUAGAUUUAAGCUGACUAAGCAAAGGUGCCAAAGAAAUAUAACAAAAUUAUCUUUUGCAAACAGAGUGGUAGAAUACUCUACAUAUUUUGUUAUGUACAUUUGAAUUUUUUUUUAAUUCCAUAUCCCUCCAAUGUCCAUCCUUUGAGAGAGCUUCUACUUAUAUCUCCCCAAGCUCCAGAAUUCUCCAAACCCAAGUACCACUCCAGGCUCUAUCGAACCACGAGUACCUACCAGACACCAGUACCAAAAUCUGGCCCCCUUCAAUGGAAGCAAGGGGAGUUUGGGGUACUAGACCACCAUAAUAAUUAUACAGGGAAAACACCACCAGAAAGGCAGAGCAAAACAAGAAACAGCUGCUUGGACAACAUUUGCAACCCGAUUCAAUUUACAGUAUGUAUAUUUCUGGGGGAGCCUCUUCAGCUCCCUGGAGCUAUCUGGGCUGAUUGGCAUUAGCUUUGGGCAUUAUUCAGUGUACAUGGAGUUCUAGGCCUACCAGGUACCAUGAACAAGAACAUCGCUCCCUCAGAGAGGCGCGAGGAAUAAUGGCCUAUAGACACACAUUAUAUAUAAUUUAAGAAGUACUCUGUCUGCCAUCGACCACCAGGUCAGGCACCCAGAAAGAUAGGCACCCCAAAACGCCCCCUCCCCACUCAUUCUGGUUAAGAAUUGGUACCAAAGCUGAAACAAGUGGAUAGAACUCCCCAAGAAGAAAAACGAGCAUGACAUUACACACAGAAAUCACAAUUGCGUGAUGCAUCAAAUGAACAAAUCCACAAGGGCUGUAACAAGGAUUCCAACCUGCGUCCA